CAAUAACUUUCUUUCGAUUUUCUUUCCCCUUAGCCCCCAACCUCCGAAAGGCAAAUUUCCAGACUCAACGUCCAUCUCCACGGCUCUAUCUAUCUGCACCGUGAAAGUGAGUGCUCACUUGUCUCAGCCGAGAGUCUGCGCGAGAGUCUGAGACGCCACUCAAAACCAAAUUUAUAAACUACCAUGAAUUCAUAAACUAUUUUCGUUUCUCUUCAAAAUCUCCAUUAUCUGUUUCUUGUUUCCCGUUAAAUGGCUACCCACAGGCUCUCGUUUCUCCCGAUUUCGAUUUCCACUAGCCAGUCUCUCCCUUCUAAACGCCACGAUUUUCGUCUAUCCCUUCCUCUGAGCUCUCUCUAUGGCAACAAGCUUUUGCUUAAAAUUUCCGAUUUGAGCCUUUUCGUUACCAAGCACCAUUCCUCAACCACCGCCACGGUGUCUUUCAGCCUCCCUACUGCGAAACCGGAGAGAGCACCUUCCGAGAAAUCCCCUAAAUGGUCGGCAAGAUCGAUAAAGUCCUUUGCAAUGGCGGAAUUGGAGGCAAGGAAGCUCAAGUAUCCAAAUACCGGAACCGAAGCGCUUCUUAUGGGAAUUCUGGUCGAGGGAACAAGCCAAGCCGCAAAAUUUUUGAGGGCUAAUGGAAUCACGCUUUUCAAGGUGCGAGAGGAAACAGUGAACUUACUUGGAAAGUCGGAUAUGUAUUUUUUCAGUCCUGAACAUCCUCCAUUGACUGAACAAGCUCAAAGGGCCCUGGAUUGGGCAGUUGAUGAAAAACUAAAGUCAGGUGAAAGUGGAGAAAUAACCACAACUUACUUGCUCCUUGGUAUUUGGUCAGAAAAAGAAUCAGCAGGCUACAUGAUCUUGGCCACUUUAGGUUUUAAUGAUGAGAAAGCCAAAGACCUUAGAAAAUAUAUUAACGAGGAUAUUGUCUUGAAUUAUAAGUAGGCGGUUAAAAGUUUUUCUGAAUUUUUCAAGUUUGUACCAGCUAUGAGACAUGUUCCAAAUGGUAGAUACUUCUUGGUGGAGCAAGUAAUGUAACUUAUGAUGGUUUUCUGCCCUCAUUAGUGGUUCAAAGUUCCAACAUCAAUACCUUUUUGUUUUUGGGGAAUUAACUAGAAAUGUUAGAGCUUUAUUUUUUCUCAUGAACGCGUAAACUGUCUGCAGCAAUGAUGCAUUUUCUUGCUGCUUCUCCAAUUUGCUUGAGUUAGAUCUUCA